AGAGAGAGGAAAGAGAGCAGAGAGAGAGACGAGACGAAGGAGAGACACGAGAUACAGGAGGAGAGAAAGAGAGAGAAGUAUGGCGGGCCGCUGCCUGACGCUUCCUCGGUAAUUUUCUCGUAUUUUCAUACGACGAAUUUGGAAUGCGUCUACC